AUCAACACCCCUAGAAGUACAACAACUGAAUUUCAUUGAGAUCCCAGAUCUAGGAAGGCUCAAUAAUUUAAUACCUAUAUAUAGGAAACUAUGGGAGAGACAGCGGAUUCUAAGAAACAUGACGAUCAUAAAGAAAAAGAGAAGAAGCAUGAGAAAGAAGAGAAGCACGAGGGAGAAGAUCGUGAUAAGGAGGAUAAGGGAAAGAAAGAGAAGAAGCAGAAGAAAGACAAGGACUGUAAAGAUAAGGAGGAUAAGGAAGAUGGUGGAAAGGAGAAGAAGGAAAAGAACCAUGAAGGUAAGAAAAACCCUGAGAAAUUAAGGGCUGAGCUUCAAAAGAUAGAAUCCAAGAUACAGGCAUUAACCCAAAAGAAAGAAGAACUUUUAAAACUCCUCGAUGAAGUCGAGAAAGCUGCUGUGAAACCAAGUGGUUGAGCCUGGCAAACCUCCUUACUCUCUUUAGGUGGCAGUUGCUGCAUGAAAUGCAAGGGCUUCAAAUUUAGGAACUGUGUGCAUAUGAUACAUUUGACAAUAACACUGUAUUUUCUGCUGGAACUUUGCUGUAAACAAAGAAAUCAACUCAUAAUCAU